AUGGGAACUUGUUGUGGUGCAUCGGGACCACAAAUGGUGAGUCUAUUUGAAUUUUCUACCUUAACUUAUUACUCUCGCAAUGCAAUUAUAAUAUAGAGAGCCUAUCGAAGUAUUCCUUUGAAAGUAUUAAAUCUCUAGAAUGGAAACGUAAAAAAGAAGAAUAAUAGAAUCGCUUAAUUAUCACAAUAGAUAGUUAGCAUAAUAAUGAACCUCCUGCUUAAAUGGCUAUAGCUAUAGAUAAACCUAUAGAAGUAACAGAAUAAAUAGUAUUUUCAAUAAUCAUGCUAGAUUGAUCACGCUCCAUAAAAUGCAAUUAAAGUAGAUCGUAAAUUGGCUGAAUAUUCAACAAUAAUAAAUACCCUCAUUUAUAAAAUUGGUAAUUUUAAUUACAAGGAAUAUGCAAAACAAUUGAAUUAUACAGAGGAGGAAUAUUGUUUAGCUCAUCUUGAACCUUAUUAACUCUAAGAUGGUAGUAUAUAUGUUGGAUAAUGGAGAAUGGGAUAGCGUCAUUGUAAAGGUAGAGCAAUCUUUCCUGAUAAGAGUAUUUAUGAAGGAUUUUGGAAGGAAGAUUAAAUGUGGGGAUUUGGAAGAUUAAUUUUAGGAACUGGAGAUUAUUAUGAAGGUGAAUUUCUAAGGAAUAUGGCAAAUGGUAAAGGGAAACAAGUAACAACUAUGGGUUAUAUGUAUGAAGGAGAAUGGGUUAAUGAUAAAUAAUAAGGAGAAGGAAUUGAGAAAUAUCCAGAUGGGACUAAUUUUAAAGGAAAGUUUAUUGAUGGUAAGAAAAGCGGUUAUGGAGAAUUUCAUUUCUAAGAUGGAUCAAGGUUUAUUUGAAUAUGUAUUAAUAGUUAUGUAGGUUAAAUUAUAGAAAAUAAGUUUAAUGGUAAAGGGGUAUUUAACUUUUGUGAUGGUCGUAAAUAUGAAGGCUAAUGGAAAAAUAAUUAAAUGGAUGGUUAUGGUACAUUUACAUGGCCUGAUGGAAGGUAAUAUGAUGGAUAUGUAAAGAAUAUGUAUUUAAUUUUAGUAUGUAAAGGAUAAGAAACACGGAUUUGGAGAUUUUACUUAUAAAGAUGGAUGUAUGUAUAAAGGAAAUUGGUAUGAAGGUAGGGAACAUGGUAAUGGUACAUUUUAUUCAAAAAGUGGAUUAUGUAGAGAAGGUGAAUGGUUAAAUGGAAAAAGAGUAAAAUGGUUGGGUUAAUAUCAGGCAGGUUGA